AUGUCAUCAGGCCACAAAGGAAAAUCCGUCGCGUACUCGCAUCACUUAGCUGAAAGUUCAUCAAGGAAUUUUUGUGCAGAAGAAGCUAAUUACAGCAAUAAGGAGCUUGUGCAUGCUGAACAAGUUAAACUACUUGAUAAGAGGUUGAGAGUUCUUGAAGAUGAAGCAGAAAUUCUCAAGGUAGUUUUCUUGGAAGGUGUGGAAGAAAGAAGAAAGUUGGUAAAUGAAGUUCAAAACGAAUUUCAGGCUGCCUGCGGAUACCCAAAGCGGCAACGACAUGGACUCCUGCAAAUUCUACGUGAAGAAUCAAAUCCAGCAGUUGUCAUCAGAAAACUGAAAGCUUCAGAUGCUACUGAAUGUGUAUCUGAAUUCUCAGGUAGAUGGUUCCGCCUGUUUGUGAAGAUUUGA